CCCCUUCUCCAACUCCUUCCUUAGCAAAUUGCCCUAGCCUCCACCAAAGAAAGCAAACCCUAGCCUCCACCAAUAGUUGUCGCCGUCUGUCGGAGUGAGAGACUGCUGCCGCCGUCCAUCGCAUUCAAGAACUUCUGUCUUCGUGCUCUCGGGCCUCUCGCCGGAUCCUCCACGUUGGGUGCUCGCAUCUUGCCGUUCUCCUCUGUGCUCGGCUGCUCGCGCCUCCCUCCGCCAGUGAGUGCUCGAGCUGUGCGUGUUGGUUGCUGCUCAUCGUCCGUGGUUGUCUCUGCUCGAUUCUGCCUCCCAGUCUCACUCGAGUCUUGUCUCAGUCACUGGCAUCUCGUGGUUCGUCUGUCUCGUUGCCGGCGGCAGAAGCAACUCGUGGGGUUGUCUCUUGCUUCGUCGCCUUCCGUGGGGUGGUCGCCGACUCGCCGUCGACCGUUGUGUAGUGAUGGUGGAGGAAAGUGGGAGGAGGAAGAGGCCAAACAUUCUGGUGACGGGUACCCCAGGGACGGGGAAGACUACGACAUGUACUGCUCUAGCUGAAGCCACACAGCUUCGCCACAUCAAUGUUGGGGAUUUAGUCAGAGACAAGAACUUACAUGAUGGCUGGGAUGAUGAGCUUGAUUGUUUUGUCCUUAAUGAAGACUUGGUCUGUGAUGAGCUUGAGGAUCAAAUGGAAGAAGGGGGAAAUAUAGUGGAUUAUCAUGGGUGUGAUUUCUUCCCUGAGCGAUGGUUUGAUUGCGUUGUUGUACUUCAAACUGAUAACACCGUUCUGUAUGACCGCUUGAGUAGGAGAGGUUACAAUGAAUCAAAGCUUUCUAACAACAUAGAAUGUGAAAUCUUUCAAGUUCUACUUGAGGAAGCUAAAGAAAGUUACCCAGAGGACAGAGUGAUUGCUAUGAAGAGUGACACCAUUGAAGAUAUUAAUAGAAAUGUUUCAACUUUGACGGAUUGGGUAAGAAAUUGGCAACCUACAUCCUAGAUUCCUAGUCAUAUAAAAAAGGGGAGAAAAUGGAAAAGAAAAGAUAUUAAUUUGUAGAAACUUUCAUGUUACAGUGUGAUAAAAAAGAAAUAUGGAUUAUGGAUAUUUAUGUUGAACUGCUACAUGGAUAUGCAGUGUUGCUGAUUCGUCUUAUUCGUGUCAAGUGUUAUGAGUUGGUCUUUUUGGAAGAAAAUACAAAAAAAAAAAAUACAAUUUAAU